GGUGGACAAACCCUUCAAUUUCAAACCAACCCAAAUUCGCACUUCAGGUUCUGAAACCUACAUCGAUGCUGAAAUCGAGAAUCUCACUCCUCAGGCUCUUAUGCUUGAACGAAUCGCAUUCGAGCCUGGGCCCAUGCUCAAGGUCAUCGAUAUGAAUUCCAUCGUUGAUUGGACAAGAAAUAAACAAGCGCGUCGAUCGACAUCGGGCUAUAUGGCGCCACAUGAUAUCUGGCGUCUUCUUUAUCGCACACAACCCCUCAAUCCUUCCACAAACUCUUCAAAUUCAUUAAAUGUGGGCGAUGUUCUCGGACACAUGGAUAUUGCAUGGCGAUCAGCUAUGGGGGAAACUGGCCGUCUUUUGACUCAGGAUUGCAAGGUUGAGUCCUGCCAUUACAGAGAUGUUUCGAUGGAAGUUAUUGAGCUUCCGACACAGGUUACUGUUCAAGACCCCUUUAAACUCGUUUGUGAGUUGACUAAUAGAAGUACUCGUAUCUUGGAACUACUGUUAACUCGACCAGAUUCAUUGUCGAAUACUUCCAAUUUAAGUGAAUUAGAUGCAUCAAUUGUGUCGACAUCAGCCUCUCCUGCCUUUAUCUGGACUGGAGUGACCAAUAAACGGCUAGAGAAUCUAGCUCCUGGAGCCUCACUUCGAUUGACCAUGGAAUACGUUCCAGUAAUGACGGGAUUGCAGGAAAUGCCACCUAUUCUACUCCGCGAGGUCGGAGCUGGAAAUCACAUCGUGUUGAACAAUCUCGGUCGCGUUUUGGUGAACAGUUCUCCCAUUGCCGCAUAA